AUGGUGGUUGCUUCAAAAACUUACUUUCGUAAAAAAUCCAAAUCAAUCCUGAAAAAAGUAUAUUCUGAAGCUCUUGCUUCACAUCAAGUUCGAAAGCUGAAGGGUCCAGUGACCAAGAUCUCUCAGAUACUUGAAGCUGGUGUCUUGGUUGAUGAUGAAGCUGAAAGUACGUUGAGUUGGGUAAAGAAGGUGAGCGAUGCGGUGCAUGAAGCGGAAGACUUGGUAGAUGAAGCUGCUACUCAUGCUGCCAGGUCAAAGGUACGCUCAUUUGCCUCUUUGUAUGUUAAAACAAGUUUAAUUGGUAAGAGAAUGGGCCGUGAAAUAGAGAGGGUUUGCAAGGAACUAGAUCAGCUAGCAGCUGAUGCCGGCUUUUUGGAAUUUGGUUUUGGUAACCAAUCAGUAUCAAAUCUUGGGACAGAUGUUGUGGAAACUCGUGGUUAUAUGCAAACCCAAAAUGACAUCAUUGUAACGAGAUUCGAUCACAAAGAGUUAAUAGUACAACAGUUAGUCAAUACCAGUGAUGUAGAGGGUGAAAUAGCUACUCAUUUCAUUGUUGGGAAGGGAGGAUUAGGCAAGACUGUCUUAGCUCAGUUGGUGUACAAUGAUGAAAUGGUCGCAGAUCAUUUUGACCUAAGAUUGUGGGUUUGUGUUGGUGAUAACUUUGAUGUCAGGACAAUAAAACUAUUUAUACCAAAGACGCUGUCCCAGACAGCGUUUAACUCUGGAACUAUAAACGCUGUCUCAGACAGCAAUAUGGCUGGACAAAAUGUAGCGUUGUUAUGUCGAUGGGGAGGUGAAAUUUUGUGUAAUGGAUCAAAUGUGGAGUACAGUGGAGGGAAUAUGGACCUUAUAACACUUGAACCGAACAUGAUUGUGAAUGAUCUGAUGAAUGAGGUUCACAGUUGUAUUGGUUCAAACCCUAUGACUGUUGAACUGAACCUUAAAAUGAGGUGUGAUACUGGUCAUGGGGUGCAAGUGUUACCUGUCUCUACGAACAAACAUUUGAAAGGUUUGAGGAGCAUGGACGACCAAUUUCACUUGCCUUUUAGUUCUCAUAUAGCUUCACCAGUACAUGCGGGGGGACGCGUGACAGUGUUCGGCCAGCCUGCUCCGUCGUCAUCGAACACCGUGGCAUCUUCGCCGAUGCAAUUGCAUAGCUACUCUCCUAUGCAAGGUGAUGAUGGUUCACCGUUUCGAGAAGAGCCAAAUCAUUUUGAUGAUGUUGUGAAUAAUGAAUUGUCGGUGUAUGAUGUGUAUGCGGAAAUGGAUGAUGAGGACGAGAACGGAGAGGGGGAUGAUGAACCUACACAGGUGGAAGAUGGUCAGCCGUUGGUUAGAACUCCCAUACCUUGGUUCAGUGAGGUACCCGAGAAAUAUGAAGUUGAUCAGUAUUGGGCCGAAUCGGGUAGCCACACCUCUUUUGUUCCCGGGGGAGAAUUUGAGAAGGGAAUGUAUUUUGAGAGCAAGAAACUGCUUCAAGAAAUGGUGAAGAUGUAUUCUAUUCAGAGGAAUCAAUUCUACACCACAGUGACCUCGAAUGAUGGUGUCCUACAUCUGCGAUGCAAGAAGAAAUGUGGUUGGAUGCUACGGGGUACCAAAUCGACAAUGAAUGAUCCUAAUGUUGGAUUCACCCAGCCCCGAGCGUAUCACAGGUUUUGUGUCCGCCACAUAGCCUCUAACUUGAAGACUCACGUGCGAAGUAACGACAUGAGAGACAUGUUCAAGGCCGCUGCGUACCAAAGGCAAGAAAGAAAACUUCAAGCUGAUAUGUGUUUCAUUGGUGAGGCCUGUCCCAAGGCCAUUGAGUACAUUUCUCAAGUCCCGUUCCCUAUGUGGUCUCUGUUUCACGACAGUGGUCGCAGCUGGGGUAGUGCCUCUUUGGCGGUGUUGUAUCGCCAACUUUGCAGAGCCUCACAGAGUGGUGCGCUCGAGAUUGGAGGACCUCUGUUUGUGCUUCAGCUAUGGGCUUGGGAGCACAUCCACGUAGGAAGACCAGGUAGGCCUGCUGUACAUCGUCCGGGGCAGCAGGACCAGGAUGACCAGUGGAUGGUCCCCAGAAUCACACAGGCACAUGCGGCGAGGGGUCUCCCAUACUACCGAGAUGCCCUUGAUCGACUCACUGAGGAUCAGGAUGUGUUAUUGGAGAUCACAUGGGAUCCGUAUGUACCGGAGUUGGUAGAUGUCAUGCCUGCACAUCUACUGGAGCAUCAGGGAGAGUGGCGUGCCCGGGCCCCCCUGAUCUGUUUCGAGGUUGUGGAGAGUCACCUACCUGACCGCGUCAUGCGACAGUUCGGACUGCAGCAGCCUAUUCCCCAGAACUGUGACACUGUCGUGCGCCUUCACGACAUUGACCGUCGAGGAAAGACGGAGACAAACUGGGCACUGGAGUAUUGGCAGUAUCUUCAGCUAUGGGAACAACGGUUGGGUCAUGUCGUUCAGGGUUAUCCCAUGCAGGGCGUUAUGGAUCAUGACGAUUCGUACAUGGUGUGGUACAGGCUUAUCACACGCCGUUUCAUCAACCCCAGCUACACGCUACCGUCCACCCAUUACCACCCGGCACAUGACGUCAUUAGCGGAUAUGCGGCGGAUAUGGUGGCGAUGUAUGAUGCACUGUCCCUCGCCCUUACAGACGGACCCACCAAAGCCCAGGUCCAGCGGAUGCGAGAUAUGUCCGCGACUUCCUUACGCAGACAUGGUCACGGUCAUCUCAUCCAACAGCGGGACGGUGAUAAUGGUCACUCCAUCCAUUCGCGGUUCGACCCUGGCCAGAGUAGCAGUGGAGGUGAUCCUACGUCGCACACAGAGGCAGAGGAGUACAUCUUCCACAGUUCUGCACCCUUCAGAACCCAGGAGGACGCAUCGUCCAGCCAGCUCACUCCCCCCCGCGCCGGAACCCAUUCACCACCAUUCACCAUUACACUCGGCGUCGUCCAAGACGAAGGGACGACAGUGAGGCUAGGGAAGGGUUACACCAAAUUGAUGAGUAGUGAACGUUUUGUCCUUUUUCCCGGAAUGCUUUUGCCAAAAUUGGCUCACUUUGGAAUUCUUGUCACUUCACGCUCUCAAAGAGUUACAUAUGAAAUAAAAGCUGAUUAUAUACUUCUGAUGUCUGGUAUGAUGAUGGAUGAAUCAUGGGAACUAUUCAGCAGAAAUGCAUUUGGCGAGAAAGAACCCCCAGAACAUCUUAUUCAACCACUCAAAAAGUUCCUUCACCUUUGUAAAGGUUUUCCUCUAGCCAUUGUAGUUGUUGCCCGUUUUCUUCAAUCAAAGAAUGAAGACGAAUGGAAAAACAUCCUUGCAACACUUGAGAAGAAUGUUGGGGAUGAUAUUCACAGUCUUCUUAAGAUCGUCCUAAAGCAAAGCUACAAUCAUUUCCCAUCACCAUUGAAGGCUUGCUUUGCUUACUUGUCCCUGUUUCCUAGGGACUUUGAAUUCAGCACACUUGAUGUAGUUAGUCUUUGGCAGGCUCAAGGGUUCCUUGACACAGCAGCACCAGAAAUGUCAGGUGAAGACCAACAACUGGAGGAUUUGGGCGAGAAAUACUAUUCUUUUCUGGCCCAACGUGCAUUUCUCACGCCUUUAGUAUCGGAUGAAGAUACAAAACUUGCAACUUUUAAGAUUCAUGACCUUUUGCAUGAUUUUGCAUCAAAGGCAGCUGAAGGAUGGGAGAAAACACAUGUAUCUCUCAUUCAUGGAAACGACCCGACACUGGUGCAAGAUAACUUAAUGGAUAACCAUAAACUAAAAACGUUUCUUUGCUUUGUUGCUCUAGAAGAAGCUGAUACAAUGACUGAAAUAAGGCUAGUUAUGAAAUUGUCAAAAUUCAAGAGCCUUCGGGUGUUGGAUUUGCAUGGGUUUGGCAUUCAGAUUCUACCAGAUUCCAAUGGCAACCUUAUUCACUUGAGGUAUCUUGAUCUCUCCCACAAUCAACCUUUAGUGAAGCUGCCCAAUUCAAUCACAAAUUUGUACAAUUUACAAACACUGAAACUCAAUUGUUGUUACGAUCUCAAAAAAUUACCCAUUAAUACAAGAAAGUUGGCCUGCCUCAGGCGCCUUGAGAUAGAUGGGUGUGAGAAAUUGACUCAUAUGCCUCCUGGCUUUGAAAACCUGACUUCACUGCGAAUUCUUUCUCGUUAUGUGGUUGGAAGACCUCGUUUUCAGUCUACCAGUGGAUUUCACUCACUUGGCAGCCUCAACCGCUUACAGGGAAGAUUGAUGAUUGAGCUUUCAGAAAACUGGACUGCUGAUGUAAAUGAAGUCACAAAAUCAAACUUGAGCAGCAAAACCAGGCUUACAGAGCUAGCAAUUAAAUGGGGACCUGCGAGACAUACCAGUGAAACUGAUUCAUUUAAGCACCAGACGACGUUAGAUGGCCUCCAGCCCCCUCCUAAUCUGAAAAUGCUGCAUAUAGAAGGAUAUAGAGGGCCUGAUUUCCCAAGGUGGGCAAAGGCCAACACUUUUACCACAGCACUUCCAGAACUCGUCACUGUCAGCAUUGAUGGCAGUGGACAGUGCAAAACACUCCCUCCUUUCAGUAGGCUCCCACACCUCAGGCGCCUCACUCUUCGAUUUAUGGACAAUGUGCAAUUUUUUGAAAACUCUUACAACCAAUCAUCAACAUCAGAAUCUCAAUUUUUCCCAACCCUUGAAGAGCUCACACUGCAUGGUUUUUAUUGCUUGGAAAGAUGGUGCGAGGAUGAAACACUUGUGUCAUCACUAUCAUUUGAUUAUCUCGAGAAACUGAAGUUAUGGAGUUGCCCAAAGUUGGAAUUCAUGCCUCUGUUUCCUGAUGUUGAAGUACUUGAUCUGCAAAAUAUCAACAAAAAAUUAUUCGAUGUUUGCAAUGCGACAUCACUUCCAUCAUCAUCUAGUUCACAGGCUAUGAAUUCUGUGCCAAGAGGGCAUCCACAAAACCUCCCACGUCUCAAGACAUUGCAUGUAAAGGGUUGUCCUAAUUUAAAGACCUUAGCCCUUGAAAAAAACUCUGGUAAACUGAAAAAACUGGUGGUUGAAAGAUUAGAUAUGGUGAGUUCUUUAACUGAAGUUCUGAAACAACUCACUUCUCUUGAAGAGCUUGAAAUUUCUAGCUGCAAGGAUCUUGACCUUUCAGGCGGAUGCCAACGUAGCUGUGGUGAAUGUGAGGAGUGUAGUAUGCCAUGGAAAUCUCUCUCAACUCUUCGUCGUUUAACUCUAAGGGAGCUAACAAAGCUACACACUCUUCCUGUCAGCCUGGGGUUCAUUGGGACACUGAAAUUUAUAUGCAUUUCAGCAUGUAAUAAUUUGAGUGUUCUGCCAGAGUGGAUAAGAAAGUUCAGUUCACUUCAACACCUUAGACUUGAGGGUUGUCUAGCAUUGUCAGAGCUGCCUGAGAAGCUAAAAGACAUUAGAUCUUUAGUGAAAGUUGACAUCAUAGAAUGCCCCAAAUUAAUGGAACGGUGUAGAAAAGGCGGUGAAGACUGGCACAAGAUUAAACAUGCACGAGUUCUAUGUCACAAGUCCUGGCGCUAUGCAUUAAUGACAGAAGCAGAAUUACCACAGGUAUAUUGUCCCCUUUCCUCUCAAAUCCUCCUCCUCCCUUGUACCUUUUUGUUGCCUAAACUUACAAGUCAUUGCAUUUCUCAGAAACCCAAAAAUCAGGGAGAAAAUAUUGCUGUUCAUUCAGAAGAUCCUACCAUUCACGUAGAUGUUACUGUCAGACGGCAACCAAAACGUAACAUGUGAUGGGUGAGCCUCAAAUGUAUGAUAACACCGUUAAAUUGCUGUCAUUUAAAUUUUUUGUCUUUGUGUUAUGGCUGAUUAUAUUUGGUAAAAAGAAAAAAAAAUCAUUCUAAUUUUACUGCUUAUUCUACAACAUGCCAUUAAUUGAUUUUAUUUAAUAUUUUCGUUAGGUAUAUUUUUUUUAGAUAAGCUAAGAUUGAUUUAUCAUAGUGAUAUUUAGGUAUACUUGUAAUCAUAUUGAAAAGUCAUGAUAUUGCUCAAAAACUGUAUGCAAAUGACCCUAUCUUAAUGUCAGGUUAUACCAAUAUGCUCAGCCCAAAUAAAGGACUACUAAAGAAAUUUUUUUCCUCUUUUAUUUUUCCAGAUAUCAAAGUGAAGGUGUUAAUCUCAAGUAUCAGGCAGAUAUUGAAAUAGCUCGAAAAAAUGCUGCUCUGAAGCUGAGAAAGAAGGCUGGAAACCCCAAGUUUCAAACAUCACUUGAAUAUAAUAAAAUUUAGCACUGAUCGUUGGUCACUUGUAAAGAUUUCUCAGCUAUAUUUUGUACCUAUUCGUAUUUUCUUCAGCAGUUGUCUUGGCAAUAGUAUCUCAAUUCUCAUCAUAGAUUAAUAUAUUACUUGUAUGUGUUUAGGCCAGGGUUUUAGGCCUUACUUUAAUACAAUUAUUAUCGGUUUGUAGUAAUUUGCCACUAUAUAUAGUGGAUGUAUCAGUUUGUUGGUUUGUUUUUUCUUUUACUGUAAUUUAAAUGAAGCUUAUUCUGCAGAACAAUGUUAGUAGAUAGAAAUAAGAAAAUAAAGCUGUAACUCUGUAAGCAAUUACUCCGUAAUUUUUUUGCUAUUAUUUGCAGUAGUUGCCACAUUAAUUUUCACCACAAAGACAGGAAGUAUUCCAGAUUUUUGAAUUAGAAGCAAAAUACCAUACUAAAAUGAGGCAGCAAGUAAAAUAAACUGCAAAGUUAAGCUCACUGAUCUAAUACAACGUACCAGUCAUGAAACACAUGCAAAUUGAUUGCAUUUCUGCAGGUAUGAUUAGAAUACGUGCGAAAAUAAACAUGCUCAAAUCAUGAGACAGAUACAGGAGGAAAAAAUUAUAGCUUUACAUCCAAAAAUGGUACCGAUCU